AUGGCGCACUCGCAGUCACAGUCACAGUCCCAGGCGCAGGAGGCUUCAGCUACAUCUACGCCAUCCCCAGCGGCCUCUGGCCUGGUGAACAGCAGCACUGCUGCUCACUCCCCUCCCUCAAAGAGAGACCUGGCCAGCUGGUGGAGGCAGUUCAAGCGCAGCACAAAGAAGGACGCAGCGCUAGCCCCCCAAGCCCCCUCUGGCAUCUUUGGCAUCCCCCUGAAUGUGAGCAUCAAGUACGCUAAUGUAGCCAUCUCCCUUACUGGCGAUGACGGCAAGAGCUUCAUCUACGGCUACGUGCCUAUAGUAGUGGCAAAGUGCGGGGUCUUCUUGAAGGAGAAAGCCACCGACGUCGAAGGCAUCUUCCGGCUGAGCGGCUCUGCAAAGCGCAUCAAGGACCUCCAGGAGAUAUUCAACUCCCCAGACCGCUUCGGAAAGGGACUCGACUGGACCGGCUACACCGUCCACGACGCCGCCAACAUCCUGCGCCGCUACCUCAACCAGCUGCCUGAGCCCAUUGUGCCUCUGGAGUUCUACGAGCGCUUCAGGGAGCCACUGAGACAUCGUCAUGGGCGUCCGGACGGGGAAGAGGCCGCCAUCCAGGUCGACCGGGAACGUGGGUUUGACAGGGAGGCUGCAGUCAUUGCCUACCAGCAGCUCAUCAAGGAGCUCCCGCCGCUCAACAGACAGCUGCUGCUCUACAUUCUCGACCUCCUGACCGUCUUUGCCUCCAAGUCCGACCUCAACCGCAUGACCGCCGCCAACUUGGCCGCCAUCUUCCAGCCCGGAAUGCUCUCCCACCCUUCCCACGACAUGUCCCCCCAGGACUACAAGCUCAGCCAGGACGUGCUUGUUUUCCUCAUCGAAAACCAGGACAACUUCCUGUUCGGCAUGACGGGCACCGCAGCCGAUGCCCAGACCGUCCAGAACAUCCAGGGCGGCAUGUACCCUCCUCCUCCCUUGCAGAAGACUACCAUCAGACGCUCUGCUUCCAACGCCAGCGGAGGUGCAGACAGCCUCAGAAAGUACGAAGCCCUCCGACGAAACAUGUCUGUCUCCUCUAGGAACUCCAAUGGCAACGUUACGGGUCCCAGCACUCCCAAUUCAAACUCAAGGGCGGUGGACUGCAGCGUAGCACACCGUGCCGUCAAGAGAGCGCUGGCUUCUCGCUUUCAGCACAUUCGCUCGACAGCAGGCUGCCAAGCUGCUCCAGCACAGCCCGUGGAAUCUACCAAGUCUGACCAUCCAACUGAGCCAGCACGCGCUCCACAGCUCGCUGAGCCGUUUGAAUUCACCAAAGCGCCCGAGCCAGGCCCUUCUCCAGCUCUGGUCCCGACACCAGCUCCUGCUCCGGCUUCUACUCCUUCUCCCGGCCCAGACUCUACAGCACAGCCAGCUACGGCUGCCCAACUUGCCCCAGUCGAGCAAUCUCAGCCCGCUCAACCUAGCUCUCCAGCUCCAUCCGCUCAGCCAGCUUAUCCUGUCUCAAAAUCCCAACGGCCAAACCACAUUGACGCACCUCUUCCAACACAGCUGGACCCGGCAACACACAAGCCAACCACCAUCACCCCAACCAGAGAACGCAAGCUAGCCUCUCUGUUUUCCUGGACCAGUCCCCCCAGCGGCGAGAAGAGAGACACCAACAAGCUCAAGAAGAAAAGACGCAUCCCCGGAAGCGCUAGUGAAAGCGCCCAGAGCUCUACCGCCUCCCUCCCCCAUGGCUCCCAGACUGGCUCCGACGAGGCAACUCCCACGAAACAACAGCAGCAGCCAACAACCUCUCAACCAACAACCUCUUCCAACCCAGAAGACCCCGCCGUCGCAGAUGAAUCCCACGUCUCUACCCCCAAAGUCACCAAUCCGCCUCUCUCUCCUCUCGUACCGGUGCGUAGCGCCUCUACGUCUCAAAGCCACACCAGUCUGGAAGUCAACUCGCCUCCUCACCACCACACCUCUCUCACCGACCGCAUGCUGAGACCCCGUUCUCGCACCCCUUCUCCAAACUCCCACUCUCUCUCUGCAACGGAUCAGUCUGACCUCGAAGAGUCGUCUCGGGGCGACAAGAAGGACAAGCGACGGAGCUGGCGUUUCCACCUCGGCAAGAAAUCAGAUGAUUAA